UGGCUCGUAGGACUUGGGGCCUGUGGGCCUGGCUCGGCAACUGGCAAAUUCUUCCUUGCCGGCGUAGAUUCCCGAGCUAAGAACUGGUUCCGAACCCAACGGAACCCAGCGCGGAGCGACGCCGGGUCACGUGGCCUGCGGCCCCAUGACGUUCGGGCUGCGGGGCGUCAUCGUGACGUUCGGGCGACCCGCCGAGUGGCCCCGCUGCCUCCGCCACCUGUGCAGUCGCGGUGCUGUCAUGGACCUGGGACCGAUGCGGAAGGGUUACCGCGGGGACCGAGAGGCGUUUGAGGAGACUCAGCUGACCUCCCUGAACCCCAUGAAGCAGUUUGCUGCCUGGUUUGAGGAGGCUGUCCAGUGUCCUGACAUAGGGGAAGCCAAUGCCAUGUGUCUUGCUACCUGUACCAGAGAUGGGAAACCGUCCGCCCGCAUGGUGCUGCUGAAGGGCUUUGGCAAGGACGGCUUCCGCUUCUUCACUAACUUCGAGAGUCGAAAGGGACAAGAGCUGGACUCUAAUCCCUUUGCUUCCCUUGUCUUCUACUGGGAGCCCCUAAACCGUCAGGUGCGAGUGGAGGGUCCCGUGAAGAAGCUGCCCGAGGAGGAGGCCGAGUGCUACUUCCACUCCCGCCCCAAGAGCAGCCAGAUUGGGGCUGUGGUCAGUCACCAGAGUUCCGUGAUCCCCGAUCGGGAGUAUCUGAGAAAGAAAAAUGAGGAACUGGAGCAACUCUACCAGGAACAAGAGGUGCCGAAGCCAAAAUACUGGGGUGGCUACAUCCUGUACCCCCAAGUAAUGGAGUUCUGGCAAGGCCAAACCAACCGCCUGCAUGACCGGAUCGCCUUUCGACGGGGCCUACCGACAGGAGACUCCCCCUUGGGGCCCAUGACCCACCGAGGGGAGGAAGACUGGCUCUAUGAGAGACUUGCACCCUGACUCCCAAUCUGCUGGCGCUGACUGGAGCUGGGCUCUGUGCUAAGAGAGGGUAUGGGAUCAGGAGCCAGGCCCUUCUAAACUCAACGCAUUUCCCUUCCCACCUCUUAUAUUCAGGGCCCUUCAGAGAGUUCUCUGUAGUCAGCUGGUCUAGUGGAGUCUAACAGUGGCAUGGACAAUCACAAAUGUAAAAUAAUCCCAUAAUUAUUCUUGACCUUAACUAUGAUUUAUUGGAAUAGCUCCCUCUAGGGGUCGCAUCUGGUGUGAUUCCCUUUUCUGGUGACGGGGUGGGCCCACAGCAGCCUUGUCUGUUUUCACGUGACAGUCAUACCGGCCAAAGCCCAUUGGUCCCAGCAGAAGCACCUGAGCCAAUCUAGCCAAUUGGUUUUUCUUGUCACCAAUUUGAAAUUUGAAACGGAGGGACUCAGAGCAUAGGAGUGUUUGUAGCCAAGUCAAUAAUGGCCGCCUAGAAGCAACAGCCUCGGGUUGCUGCUCUUGCAACUCCCUCAGCAGUCCCUGGAUCCCUCCUUCCCGUGUCUGAGUUGUGCAAUUCCUCCUCCUACCUCAGAAAACCCAUUAUCUCUUUAAAAAAAAAAUUUUUUUUUUCUGCUUAGACUAGCCAUUAUCUAUUUGUGUUGCUUGCAACGAAAAGAACCUUAACUAACUCAUUUACUAAUAGGAUAUUUUUAUACCACUUACCCAACUGAUAGCUGCCUUCCAUUAUCCGAAGCACAGCAAUGUGGAAAAGAGACUAAAUUUAUUCUCUGUAGCUCCAAAGGACCCAUAGGUGGAAGCUGCACGGAAGUAGAUUUCAUCUCAAUAUGGGAAGAGAUUUCAAACAAUUGGGGCUGCCUAGGAGGGUGUAGGUUAGGUAUUGAGUGUUCUGUCACUGUCAGACAGGAGUUUUGUAGAAGGGACUCGUGCUGGUACCUAUGUAUCAGGAAGCUUUUCAUCAAGCUUUACUUUCCAUCUUUGGUUAUAAAAACUAUAUGUAUGUGAAAUACAUAUAUACAUACAUUUAUAUGUAUUUUACUUUCCAUGUAUAAAAUUAAAUAACAGAGAUUAUACUUUUCUGACACUCACACAUCCUUUUACCACCCCACCCCCCACCUGAUGAUGACUCCUAGAUCACUGGUUUUCAUCCUCACUGGAAUUACCGAGGAGCUUUAAAAACCCUGGUGCCCGGUCCCACCCUCAGAGAUGAUUUGACCAGUGUGAGUGCAGCCCGGACUUGGGGAAGUUUAAAAGGUCCUCGGGGAAUUCUGUGCAGCCGAGGUUGAGACCCCCCCGGUAGUAGAUGCUUGCUACUUGCAGUGUGGUCCACAGGCCAGCAGCAUCAGCAUCACUUGGGAGCCCAGCCCAGACCCACUGAAUCUCACUCAGCUUUCAACAAGACCACCCGCACCCCCAGGUGACCCAAUGCACCAGCCUCAACUUCUAAACCAACCGCCUCCCGCCCUCACAAUUGGAUUCUUCAGUCACCCUUGGCUGAGGCCUGUGCUGAGCUGUAGUAUUUGCUUUCCUCGAGCCCAAGUCUGGUGACCAGGGACACCUGAAUGAGUGGCCUACAGGCUGCGGAGAGGAGCCAGGCUGGGCAAAUGUUUGCUGUGACUAAGCCAGGAUCAGAGAACUGACUAUUUGUACACAUUGGCCUUGAGCUUGCCACCCUGUAAACUGCUUCAUUCCACUGCAUGGGUGUGUGCUUCCGUGUCUGUUACUGACUGCCUCCUCCAAGGGCGGCCCUCUGGGUGUUGGCCCCCCUUAAGCCUGGGUGCAGGAAGGCACAACAGUAAUCCUGUGGCCACCUGCAGGAGAGGGUGCUGGGGUGCCCUUCCCUACCGUGUCCUGUUUGCAUUGUUGGGGGCUGUGUAUCCCCCCUGCUUUGGGCCUGGUCUCAGCUGUUCCUUUCCUCCCCUCUGUCUGAUAAUCACUGUGCCAAGUCUAUAAUAAAAGCUCAUCAGCAUGA